CUAAAAUGAAGGGGUUUCUGUUGUAUUUGUGUUGCCUUUAUUUUAUUAUUUUUAUCGGAGAUGUUUCAUGCAAAAAACAUGAUCGACAUGAUAAAAAGAUGGAUGAUAAAAUAGUAGGUGGCUCCGAAGUAAGUAUUAAAGAUUUUCCAUAUCAAGCACACCUACUUAUCGAAACGGACCAAGGAGAAUUUAUAUGUGGAGGGUCGAUUAUUAGCAAUACCUAUAUUUUGACGGCAGCUCAUUGCUUGCCCGGAGCCAACAAAGUGAGUGUCAGAGUAGGAAGUGCAAAUGCUUAUGAAGGCGGCGAUUUGAUAGAAUCGACCGACAUCAAAGGGCAUCCUAAAUAUAAUUCUAAAACUUAUGAUUAUGAUGUCGGACUUAUUCGUCUUGAAUCUCCUAUAGAAUAUGGAGAAACAAAACAACCAAUUCGAUUAGCUGGUAGAGGAACGAAUAUUCCUGCGAGGACUAAAACUACAGUUUCUGGAUGGGGCACUACAUCUGAAAAUGGAGAAGCUCCUGAAUUAUUGAUGGCAGUUACAGUGCAAACUUUAUCAAAUACUAGCUGUCGCAAAUCGUAUCGAUCACUUACAGAAAACAUGAUUUGCGCUGGUGUUCCUCAAGGGGGAAAAGACUCAUGUCAGGGUGAUUCUGGAGGGCCAGCAGUGGCAAAUAAGCAGCAAAUUGGGAUAGUAUCUUUUGGUUAUGGUUGCGCACGUCCAGGAUUCCCCGGCGUCUACACAAGAGUAACAAGCACAGCGAUCCGGGAUUGGAUUAAAGAAAACUCUGGACACAUCUCUAUCGAUGUCUUGUGUAAGAAACAAAAUCUUGAUACAAAGGCGAAUGAUGAGAAAAUAGUUGGUGGUUACGUCGCAGAUAUCAAAGAUGUACCAUAUCAAGCGCGCUUGACUAUUGUUACCGAUAGCGGUGCAUAUGGAUGCGGAGGAUCAAUUAUAAGCCAGAGAUAUGUACUGACUGCGGCUCAUUGCUUAGCUAGAGCUAAAACUGUUUAUGUAAGAGUAGGUAGCAACUACGCUGAUAGAGAAGGUGCAUUGUAUUCAGCUACAAAAUUCUGGCAACAUCCUAAUUACAAUAAUAAAACUAUUGAUAACGACGUGGGUAUAGUAAGUCCAUCUAUUCCUAUCCAAUUUGACACAAAUACGAAGGCAAUCAAAUUGGCGAGCAAAGGCAGAAAUAUACCAGCUGGGACCGAAGCUCUUGUUUCUGGAUGGGGACUAACAUCCGAAAAUGGUAAAGGAAGUGACAGAAUCAUGGCAAUUAGAGUGCCUACUGUGUCAAAUGAAGACUGCCGCAAAUCAUACAGCUUGAUCACGGACAAUAUGAUUUGUGCCGGUGUACCUGAAGGAGGAAAAAGCACGUGUCAGGGUGACUCAGGUGGACCAGCUCUUACAAAAUACGGGCAAAUUGGUGUGGUGUCAUUUGGAAUCGGUUGUGCUCGCCCCGGUUACCCUGGAGUCUAUGCCAGAGUAUCGAGUACAAACAUACGCAACUGGAUCCAGAAUAUAACUGGCAUUUAA